AUGGCGGCGCUCGACUUCAACUCCCAUGGACAAGAGUGGUCCGAAAUGGCGGGCUAUGAAGACCUCCUUCGCUCUCGGCCGCAAGGUGGGGGCACCGACGACGGCAUGGGUCCCCCUCCCGUUCGCGUUCGCAGUGGCAGUUGUACUCUCGGCUUACGCGCGGCUCGCAGUGGUGGUGGAGGAGGCGCCACGGCCGCUCGUGCCUUGUCGUCAUCCUCCGGUGAUGGCUGUGGACCUUCAUUGCCUCCUAUGACCGUCGGCAUGCGUGCUUCGCCUGGAUCUACAUCCAGCGCUCCUGCUAGAUCCAGGAGCCGCGGUGGACGUCGACGACCUUCGAGUACAACUGUUGCGGAAGACAACUUCGAUGUCAACAACCCUUUGGAUGCUGAUGACGACGAGAUCUUUCCAAACGCUGCAAUCCUUGGCCACCCAGACUAUAAGAAAUGCAAGAAUGAGUGGCCAGGUUACAUCAAUGAACUGGACCAAAUGUUCCAUGGUGUAGCUGUUGAUGGCUCCACCUCAUUUGUUCCUGGAGGAAGUGUCACUGUGGAUGAGGAAGAGGAGGAGGAGCCACCUGAGGACCUUGAUGUGCAGACCCCAGUUAGCAUCACUAGCAACAAGAGAGCAAGCAGCACAAGCACCACUGACUCUAGUCCAAGCAAGAAGUCCAAGAGCCCAUCAGUUAGGAGCAUGGGCAGGUUCAUACUUGAGAAUGCCAGGAUUCAAGUAGAGAGGAAUGUGAUGUUCCAGAGACAUUUGAAAAACAAACAGCAGGUUGCCUAUCAGCUUGCCCAGCAGAAAGAGGCUGCCAGAGUAGAAAAGAUUAGGUAUGUGCAACAGUUGGCUAGAGAGUGUGGUGUAGAUGAAGAAAACAAGCAGUUGUGGUAUAAUGUAUUCCAGAUCACCAAAGAUGAUGACAGCAUGGAGUUCUUCAUUAGAACAUCUACACCUCAUGGAAGGAUGGGCUUCAUUGAGAACUAUGGGGAUGCUAAUGCAGCGAGGGAUGAGGACAAUUAUAAUGGAGAUAGUGAUGAGGAUAUCUACAAAAUGCUUCUUGACGAUGAUGACAACGAUCUUAUCUACGGUAUGUAUCAGUAUGCUAUUUACAUUGAUAAAUACUAUAAUAGGGCUGAGUGGAGGCAACCAUUGCUAACUGGACUAGAAUGGGUAGAGAGAAAGCUAGGAGAUAGAAAUAGCUGCUACAACAUGUUUAGAAUGAGCCAUACUAUAUUCCAUCGACUUCAUGAUGUGCUGGUUGAGUCAUAUGGCCUAAAUUCUAGUACUAAGAGUGCCUCUGUUGAAGCUUUAGGAAUGUUCCUUUGGAUACUUGGAGCACCACAAUCAGUUAGGCAAGCUGAGGAUAGAUUUGAGAGAUCACUAGGAAUAGUUCACAACAACUUUGAGAAAGUUUUGCAGUGUGUGGUUAAGCUAGCUUCAAACAUCAUUAAACCAGUAGACCCUGAGUUCAGAACAAUUCAUCCUAGGUUGACAAACCCUAGAAGCACCACUGCACUGCACCAGCACCCCUCCCCUUCCACACCGCCGCUCCCAUCUCUUUCUUCGCUUCCUCCUCCACCACGCUGCCCCUCCGUCUCCGUACACCCGACCCAAUCGCGGAAUCGCCUCCUCAUCGCGCCGCUCCGACCGCAUUGCCCGAAGCCUCCAGGGCUGCCGGGGCGGCAUGCAGCCGCCUCCGCCGCGGCGGGAUGGACCGUCGAGGACGACGUCCUCCUGAAGAACGCCAUCGAGGCUGGUGCUUCAUUGGAAUCAUUGGCUAAAGGAGCUGUAUGCUUCUCCCAUAAAUUCACCCUUCCAGAACUGCAGGAUCACUGGUAUUCAUUGCUAUAUGACUCGGGGACAUCAACUCAAGCAUCCGCUCGCAUGGCCAAGUUUGAGAUGGAGCUUUCAGCCUCCAAUCCUGCUAAAGCAUCUAAGCUUUUCAACCCAAAGGAAAAAUGCUUUUCCCUGUACAAGCGGAAGAUAGAUAGUGUAAAGAAUCACUAUUAUGCAAUGAGAAAGAGAAUUCGCCAUGAACCAUGUUUAUCUGCUGAUUUUUGUUAUAGUAUUGCACCCUGCUCAUGUAAUCCUGUUGAUGGUAGUGGUUGUGCAUGUGGAGACCAUCAUUUGUUGCACAAAGUUGAUCCAUCAGGAGCUGUUGUAGAUGGCUAUGGAUUUAUAGGUGGAUGUGGCGCUAAGAGAAAACAUGUACAUUCCAAUGGUAGUGGACAAUACUCAUUUCAUGCAGAGCAUUCUAACUCUGAUGGCAGCAUGGUAAUAGAUGGAAAUAACAACCAUGAAAGCCCACAUGUCUGCUCAGAUGUAGAAAAAUUAUAUGGCUGUGACGACAUGCAGAAGAAUUCUCAGACCAGUGGAAGUAAUGUAAUCUCUACAAAUAAUAGGUCAGAUGUUACUGAUCAGUUUGACCGUGGAGCUAAAGGAUCCAAGGCUCUACUGGGCAUUCAUCAAGAUGGUGUAAAUCUUGACCAAUCUUCUGGGAAUACCACAGGAAGAUUUCUUGAGCCAGGCGCAUUCAAAGCAAUUAGUCAAAAGUGGUGUCUUCAGGAACCUAGCGUUCCUACUUGGAGUAAGGUCCUGGGUGUUAAUUCAUCUGAUAUGCCGACAGAUAUGCAUAAAAUUGAAGGAGAAACUCUUACGCUUUCUGAUGACAAGAAAAUGGAAACAAAUAGCAUUGAGGCACUUGCAUUUCAGGCAAAUUUGGAUAGUGUAGUAUGUGAUUCUGGUUUAGGCAGUGCAAUGGCACCAGAAGGUGGAUUCAUGCAUUCCCACUUAAAGGGUUUCAGUCAGAAAGAAGACCUUGAGCUUCUCAGCAGUGAUUUUUUCCUAGAUGUUUCUGGAGUAGACAGUAUACCUGCUUCGUCAGAAGUGCUUUAUCCUGAACAUAAUGUCAAGUGCAUGUUGAACAAAGAAGAUUCUGAAAUCCCUAUCAAUGACUGUAUACCUAUACCUGGUCAGACCUCUUUAGAACCCACUUCUACCUUCGACCAGGAUGCUCAGCAUGAUGCGCGUUCGGUUGCCAAACUGCUAAAUAUGGAAAAUGGCCAACCUUCAUCGCCACCACCACCAGUUAAUCUGGAAUCAGCCAUCCUAAAGCAAAAUGCAAAUAUGGUGCCUCUUAAGGAAGGUUGUGCUGUAGGAAGUGAGCUGCCACCUGGCCUGCAGGGUAACUUUGGUGGUAACAAUGCAAACAUGUGUAUUUCAGCACUGCAUUCUAUUGAUGGAGGUGAAGAAACAACUUGUGGUUUCAUUAAACAUGAGAGUUGUUAUGAUGUACAGAAUUUGACUUUGGAUAAGUCAAUUCAAGUGUCCAAUCAAAUGAAUUGCAAGCUUCUUUCUCAUAAGCCCGGAUUAGGCUGUGAAACUGCUAUCCGAAGCUGUGAGUUGGCUUCUGCAUUGCCAGAUACAGAAUUUCAUGACCCCGUUCCAACCAUUCUAACUACGGGCCAAGCAGAAGGAUCUGACAGUGAGAUUAGUGUUCCAAACUAUUUUGACCUAGAAGCACUGAUACUUGAUCUGGACCUGAUUCCAUGGGAUCAAGAAUCUGACUUCAUCCAACCGGAAGUUUCAAGGUUUCAGUAUCCUGAAAGCAGGAAGGAUUUGAUAAGAUUAGAGAAAGGUUCCUGCUCUUAUAUGAACAGAUCUAUCAUGUCUAAGGGUGUUUUUGCAAUUCUUUAUGGCCAACGCAUGAAAUACUACAUAAGAGAGCCUGAGGUAAGUCUUGGGAGAGAAACAGAAGAAGUCCAUGUUGAUAUUGAUUUGAGUAAAGAAGGGAAGGCAAACAAAAUAUCCCGUCGACAGGCAGUUAUUAAGAUGGACGAUGAUGGAUCUUUCUACAUAAACAAUAUUGGGAAGUGUUCAAUUUUCGUGAAUGGCAAAGAAGUACCCUGUAGUAAACGUAUCAACUUAAUGUCAGACUCAUUAAUUGAGAUAAGGAACCUGAAAUUCAUUUUUCAUGUGAACCACGAGGCUGCAAGGAAGUACAUAGUUCGAAAAAGGACAGGAAGCUCCCAAGGCGAGAACACAGCAUUUGAUUGGAGUCAGAACCCUUGA